UCAUCCAGGUUGUGACUGACCUGAAGCUGUUCAUGAAGAAUUCCCUCUCCAUCAUCUCCACUCACCUCCUGCAGCUCAUUAAGACCCUGGUGGAGCGCGCUGCCAUAGAAAUUGAUGUUAUCUUCCCUGGCUACACUCACCUGCAGAAAGCUCAGCCCAUCAGAUGGAGCCAGUUCUUGCUCAGCCAUGCUGUUGCUCUGACCCGUGAUUCGGAGCGCCUGGGAGAGGUGAAGAGGAGGAUCAACGUCUUGCCUUUGGGAAGCGGUGCUCUGGCUGGCAACCCACUGGAAAUUGAUAGAGAGCUUCUGCGUAGUGAGCUGGACUUUGCUUCCAUCAGCCUGAACAGCAUGGAUGCCGUUAGCGAGAGGGACUUUGUGGUGGAAUUCCUCUCUGUUGCCACCCUGCUGAUGAUCCACCUUAGCAAGAUGGCUGAAGAUCUCAUCAUCUACAGUACCAGCGAGUUUGGCUUUGUAACUCUCUCUGAUGCUUACAGCACUGGCAGCAGCCUGAUGCCUCAGAAGAAGAACCCCGAUAGCCUGGAACUGAUCCGCAGCAAAGCUGGACGAGUGUUUGGUCGGUUGGCUGCUAUUCUCAUGGUUCUCAAAGGACUUCCAAGCACCUACAACAAGGAUCUGCAGGAGGACAAGGAGGCUGUCUUUGAUGUUGUGGACACCCUGAAUGCUGUGCUCCAGGUUGCCACUGGAGUGAUUUCGACCCUCCAGAUCAACAGGGAGAACAUGGAGAAGGCUCUGAGCCCUGAGAUUCUGUCUACUGAUCUGGCGCUCUACUUAGUUCGUAAAGGAAUGCCAUUCAGGCAGGCCCACGCUGCCUCUGGGAAGGCCGUCCACCUCGCUGAGACUAAGGGCACCACCAUCAAUAAUCUCAGCCUGGAUGACCUGAAGAGCAUCAGCCCCCUGUUUGGCAGCGAUGUCUCCCAGGUCUUCAACGUUGUCAACAGCGUGGAGCAGUACACGGCCAUGGGUGGUACCGCCAAGAGCAGCGUGACUGCCCAGAUCGAGCAGCUGAGGGAGCUGUUGAAGAGGCAUAAGGAACAAGCUUAGAGUGUGGGGAGAUAUCCCGAGGAUGCAGCAUUGUGCCUAUCACGCUAAUCUGGAGUUAAUAAACACUGGGGUGUAUGUAGCUCACUGAAA